AGCAGACCCGGUUCUAGUUUGUUGCGGUACAGAUCUGGUUCUGGCCCAGUUCUAUUUGUGUGGUUUUCUGCCAUUCUAAUCCUUCCGGUUCUUCAGCUGGUAACUGAUCCCAGAGCAGCUCUGAUCCAUAAUCUGCUCCAAUCUGUUAAUCCGUUGUCCUCUGGGUCGGUUCUGCUCAGCUCCACUCAGUCUGCGCCGACCUGCAGGGAUGGAAGCCGCAGCUCCAGAGGAGUUCCUGGUUCUGCCGUGGCCCGGCGGCGGGUCGGACCCAGGGCCCGGAGGCAUCCUGCUGACGUGUGGAGCCGCAGUGGGAGUCACUCUGAUCUGUGUGGUGGUGCUCAGGAAGUGGAUCGCAGGUGGAGUGUGCCGUUGUUCGGUCCGGUUGGAUGGGAAAACGGUUCUGGUGACCGGAGCGAACACGGGCAUCGGGAAGGAGACCUGCAGAGACCUGGCAGGGAGAGGAGCCCGGGUGGUGAUGGCCUGCAGGGACCUGAGCCGGGCCGAGCGGGCAGCGGACGAGAUCCGGCAGUCUACCGGAAACGGGAACGUGGUGAUCAGACACCUGGACCUGGCCUCCGUCUACUCCGUCUCACAGUUCGCCAAGGACUUCCUGGACAGUGAGGACAGACUGGACAUCCUGGUCAACAAUGCAGGUGUGAUGAUGUGCCCUAAAUGGAUCACAGAAGAUGGCUUUGAGACUCAGAUAGCUGUCAAUCACCUGGGUCACUUCCUGUUGACCAAUCUGCUGCUGCCUUUGCUGAAGAGCUCCACCCCCAGCCGUGUGAUCAACGUGUCAUCUAUUGCCCACCGGGGAGGUCAGAUCAACUUUGACGACUUGUUCUUCGGCCGGCGGCCGUACAGCGCGCUGGAGAGCUACCGGCAGAGCAAGCUGGCCAACGUCCUCUUCACCCGAGAGCUGGCUCGACGUCUCAGAGGUUCACACAAACACUACAGCAACCUUCGAGCCAGAGGUUCUGGCGUGUCAGCCUUCUGUCUUCAUCCCGGGGUGAUCCGGACUGAGCUGGGGCGCCAUGUAGAGGGCUGGUUCCCCCUGCUGGGGGCGCUGCUGAGGCUUCCUGCCCUGCUGCUAAUGAAGACUCCCUGGGAGGGCAGCCAGACCAGCGUGUUCUGUGCCGUGACGCCGGGCCUGGAGGAACUUUCAGGCCGAUACUUCAGUGACUGUGCAGAGAAGGAGGCGGCGCCGGAGGGACAGGACGAUGAGGCAGCCUGGAGGCUGUGGGAGGAGAGCGCCCGAUUGGUCAGACUGACGGACACCUGCUGACCUGCUGGCUGACACAGGAAGAGACGACAGCAGUGCCCCUCUGCACAGAGCGAGGAASAACAUUCCCUUCAGGUCCAAACAGGACCGGUGCUUAAGUGGUCCGGUCCAACCCAGGAAACAAACGUUCCYCUAGUCUGGUACCAAGUUGAACCCGAGGUCGUUGAACCGGCCCCGACCGGUUGACAGAAAGAAACCAGCUUGACUCUGAAGCUUCCUUGUCCAGCUUGUUGUAUCAUCCAAAUUGCUUCCUCCAGGACUGACGGCCCGUUCACCCCAGAACCGCCUGGUACCUUCAAACGGAACGGAUCCCUUCUGGUGUCUGAACCUUUGAACUCUGGUCCAGCUGAAAACUCUAURGUACACCUGGACAGCUGGACAGGAAGUGCUGUCUGCUUCAUCAACGUAGGUGGUAAAACGUGUAACCAUAGCAACAUGUGGCAUCCUGUGUGCAGACCACUGGUUGGCCGGUUCCACGGUGCCGGACAUCUUCAUGGUCCCUCCAGAACCUCCCCUUUCAUGUUUCUUUGAUUUUCUGUCUGUUUCUCCCUCGAUGUGUCUGAAACAGGAAGUCUUUACUGAGCAUGCUCCAACUGUUGGUUGGUAAUAAAGAUGUUUAUUACCAGAUGUU